GUGGAACAUAGCAGGCGGUCUGGAAUGUGGCUGUGACCAUAUCACAAAAAUCGAUGUGGCGUAGUAUUCGCAUGUAUUCUAGGCUUUGUUGUAGAUACUAGUCACAGUCGUUACAGUGUAUUACAGUGGUUACAUGUGUAUAUAUGGCUAUAUAUACGUUGAGGAGUUUUGCUGAUGGCACGCAAUACCUGUGCCCUGGCAUCAAUGGCCACAGCGCGACAUUCUGGAUUAUGGUGAUUUUGUUCCCAUUUGAGAUCACAGCGCUUGUCGCAUGGUGGUGGUGCAGCAAGAGCAGAAUGGCGAGAGGGACGAUCCGUUUACCCAGAGACUAUUCGCAUGGGUCAGGGUCUGGUGUGAUGGCUACGCUGGCAUCUGUACCACCGUUCCUUCUCUGGCUUGCGGGCAUCGCGUUCGAACAUAUGGCGUCAAGCCUGGAAUCUAUAUCGAUGGGCUAUCGCGCGAGGCGUGGAUAUAGGGAUGUACCUGUAGACGAGGAUGCACAAGUCCUGUAUUUCGAGGAUGAGGAAUAAGCGGGACAGAGGCCAUACUCAGACGGAACUUUCUCGACUACAUAUAUAACGAGUGGACUGGUAGGCCUGCGAAGAGCUUGACAAAGUCCUUGCCUUACGUCGAGGUCAUCUUGGACAGAAAGUUUGGUUCUGCUGAAUCAGAGCUAGUAGACGUGUGGGUUGUUG